AUGCCGCUGGCACUGCUGCUCCCAUCGCAUCCCAAGGGGUGCCAGAGGCAGCAUCCCACAGGCAGCUCAGCCCAGAGCCAAGGGCUGCUGCGAGGACAACACCUUGCCGAGCCCGAGGGAGACCCCAGGCACCAACCGAGCCCCGAGGAAAGCAGCCCUGGGUACCCCGUGCCAGGCCAGCGCUUACCGGUCAUUGCCAAGCCCAUCACCACCUACACCAUCUGCCACAAGCAGCUCCUGGCACAGCUGGCAGCUCCUGGCCUGGACAGAUUCACUCUGUUAUGGAGCCAGCCCACAGGGGAAAAACGAGGGCUGGGCGCCUGGCACGGCACAGCUCGGCACCCUGCUCGGCGCCCGCCGAGGAUGCUGAGCGGGCAUGGCCCCUGCACCGCAGCCCUGGCGCUCUGCCUGGCACUGCUGCUCAGCCGGCCGGCGGACGGUAAGAAGCUGGAAGCACCCAGGGCUGUGCGCUUCGAGGCAGAGAUUGGGCAUCACCUGCUGCGCUGGGAGCCCGGGCACAAUGCCUCUGGGCACAUCCAGUACCAAGUGGAGCACAAAGUCUAUCGCACUAAUGCUUCCUGGGCACCCAUCCCAGCCUGUGUGAACAUCUCAGGGCACUCCUGUGACCUCACCUGCUACACCUGGGAUGCUGCCUGCCGCUACCAUGCACGGGUCAGGGCUGUGGCUGGCAGCCACAUGUCCCCGUGGCAGAGGAGCAGCAUUUUCUCCCCAAAAGAAGCCAGUCUGCGCCUGCCAGGCAAGAGACUCUCAGUGAGGGGCAACAGCAUCCAUGUGCAGCUGCAGCUGCAGUUCUGGGUGGGCAACUGCACCUUCAGGCUGGAGGACAUCCACCCACACUUGAUGCGCUACUGGGUGCACGUCAGGACACAGGACAGUAAGGAGUACAAAGUGAUGAAGACCACUCCAGAGUUCAACAUCAGCAGCCUGCUGUGGGCCACGCAGUACUGCCUGAGUGUGGAGCCCGAGGUGGCCAGCAGGAGCCUCCCCACCAGGCGCACCGGCGAGCAGUGCAUCACCACCGGCCACGGCCACCGCAGCUUGGAGCUUGUCCCGACCAUCAGCAGCUCCUUCUUCAUCACCCUCUUGCUCUUGGGGCUUCUGGGGCUGCUGCUGGUGUGCACCUACAUCAAGAAACCUGUGAGGCCACCAUCUGUCCUGAAAUCCUUCAUAAAGCAGAGCUCACUCUGGAUGGAGGAAUCAUCCUCAUCCCUGGGCAGCCCAGACCCUAUCCAGCAGCUCUUCCUCUGCCAGAAGGAGUCCCAGCAGGAGAGUGGCCCCAGCAACAGCACCAGCAUGGCCCAGCUGCUUCUGGAGGAGGGCUGGAGGCUCCCAGCGUGGCCUGAGGACCAGACGUGCUUGCUGGGACUGGGGGCCAUGGGCAGCAGAGACAGCAGCUGCACCAGCACUGACAGUGGCAUUUGCCUGCACUCCUCCUCCUCCUCCCAGCUCAGCUGCUCCUCCAGCCCCGAGCCCCAGGGCUACAAGCAGCAGGAGCCCCCCAGUGAUGACAGUGGUGUGGGUUUGGGCAUCCCUGGCCCCACACACUGCUGGGACAGUGGGAAGGUGAAUCCCACAGAGGCCAAGCAGCCCCCAGGCCAGGAGCUCAGCCUCUGCCCCGCUGCCAGCCAGGACUGUGGGCACAGCGUGGAGUUCCAUGGUUACCUGCAGCAGUCCAAGGGCACAGUGGAGCCAAGGCAGGACCCAGCCAUGGGGCUGCCCUCCUGGGGCUGGGCAGGGUCCCUGCAGGGCAGCAGGGAUGCUGUGCUGGGUGUUGAGAGCUCCAAGCUGGCCGUGGUCAAGGGGUACUUGAAACAGUCCUCUCCUGAGCAUCCCCACGGCCCUGCACAGGACCUUGCUCCAUGGAGGGUCCCCUGGCAGCCCACAGCCUGGGAUUUGGCCAGCCAGGUGGGGCCUCAAGCCCCCACACUGCUGAGCUACGAGGCUGCAGCUGCUCCCUUGGCCUCCAAAGCUGGCCCUGAGCUCCCAAAGUCUCCUUUUGACCUGAGCACCUUCAACACUGACCUCCUGGGGACACUGCCCCUCCUCUCCAGCCUUGGCACCAGCAAGUGUCUCGAGGUGCAGAUGAACCCCCUGAGCCUGCUGAGUGGGGGCAGCAAGGACAGCUGCCUGUGAGCCAGCCCUGUGCCAGGAGCCCACCAGCCCUGCAUGCCAACACAACUACCUCUUCUAGCCACUGCCCAUGGGGAGCAGCUGCUCUGAUAAGCUACUGUCAGUCCCUGACUGGCACUGCACCGAGCUGAGUGGUGCCCAGGAAGUGCCAGUUUGCCUCUUUCUGAGGCUGCUUUGGCCCUGGGCCCACUGUGGCCAGCCCCCAGCACAACCUGCACUUUCCCUCCAGCCAAUCUGUGAGGUAAAGCUAACAAGACAAGGGACCAGGCUGUGCUGGAGGGGCUUGUCCCCACCCUGUCUGACCACCAAACCCAAGGAUCACAGGAUACUGAGGCCAAGGAUAUUGGUCCCCAUCAUCCCUGACAAGCAAGCCCAAGGAAACUGGGCUGUUUCCAAGGGGUGACCCUGCUUUGUCUGCCCUCCCAGCAGCCCAGUGCAGGGGCUCCCAGCCCUGGACUCAGAGCCACCCCUGGGGCUGAGAACAUCCUUGAGUUUCCCCGGGGCAGUGCCUCCAGCUGACGCCGAUGCUGCGAUGCCACCCAAAGCUUUCACAACACAGGCACCGAAAGUGAGCUGCAGCCUGAUGUCAGCCACCCUGCUGCUAGGAGCUUGCAGCUCCCACCCUGGCUGGCUGCACUUGGAGUGAGCAAAGGACCUUCCUGACCCUAGAGAGACCUUUCAGCCUUCAGCCCUGAUGGCAAAGGCCUCAGGGUGCUGGCUGAGCUCUCUGAUGGGGUGCAGGAUAGGCGCAGCAGCUGCUGUGUGACCCUGCCCACACUGUGCUCCCUGUGCCAAACUCUUGCAGACAGGACAUUAUUUAUUCUAUUUAAUGUGUAAAUACAGCCAGGAUGUGGUCUGAUGCCUUUGGUCCACUCAUUUGUACAUCCUCUGCUGAGGUCAAGCUGUGCUUUCCGUUUUCAGAUGGGGGCUGUCCCCUCCUCCCCCCUGCAGGGGACAAUGUAAGCUGCCUCUGCCUCACAGGAGGAAGAGCUGGGGGGAAAAAGGAGAACAAAACUUCCCCACUUCAAGAGUUUCACUCUCAGCUGAGGGCCAGGGCAGCUGUCCCAGGUGGAUGUUGUGUUGUGGGAAAGGACCUGAACAGCUCACGGUGAUGUCCUGAGUGGGGGGGAGGGGUGCAGUGGCUGUGCAGCAUCCCACGGGGACCACAGGCCAGGGGAGGACAGGAAGCACCCUCAGAGCAGAGCAGCACCAGGCCCAACAAGGAGGUGUAGCAACAGCUUCUGUCAGAAUGGAAAGAACAUGAGAUGGGAAGGACUUACCAGGAGCUACCUCUGGGCACUGCCAGGUCACCAGGGAGGUUCUUUCCAGCAGUCAGUUGCUUUCCCAGAACCUUCACAGGCAGCACAGUUC